GCUAAUAUAGCUAGGCAAGAAUAUCCGGAAACAAUCAGGUUAGGCGCAGAAGUGCAACCAUUAAUACUAAUUGAGGAAGAUAUCGAUGAACAAUAUAAAACAAUACUUAUUAUUGGAGCAGGGCCAGGUGGAUUAUGUCUAGCCCAUUCUUUAUUGAAACACAAUGAAGAAAAAGGGAAAAAUUUUAAAGUAAAAGUUUUUGAAAGAGAUUCAUCACCGACAGACAGAUGGCAAGGUUAUCAUAUAACGUUACAACCGACAGGAGUUCGAUCUUUAUUGAAUUGUACACCAAAGCAUUUACAUUCAAGACUUCGAGAAUUUGCAAUACCAGAUCCGAUACAACAGUUAGAAGACAAAACGUUUUCAAUAGUGAAUCAAUGUGGUAAAUUAUUAUUCGCAUCACCAAAUCUACAAAUUAAGAACCUAUUUGAGUUCUCUGAAAUAAAAGAUGAACCCACAACACCUGUUAUUAGUUAUAGAGAUAGAAUUAGGGAUGUUUUAUUGGAAGGAAUUGAUGUUACUUGGGGCAAAAAAUGUAUUGGGUAUGAAGAAGUAGAACAAGGGGUUUGGGCUUUAUUUGAAGAUGGAACAAAAGAAUUUGGUGACAUUUUGGUUGGAUGUGAUGGAAUCCAUUCAAAUAUUCGAAAACAAAAAUUGCCAAAUUUAAAAAUUGAUAAUUUAGGACUUACUGUAGUUAUAUCGGAUAUAGCACCCACUAAAAAACAAAUUGAUAGAUUAUUUUCAAUUAGUGGAAAUAGUUUAUGUAAACUUUUGUUGGGAACGAAGGGGGAUUUAAUUAUGUAUCAGAUGAGAUAUUUACCAAUUCAAUCCAAAACAAAUCUGCCAAAUAAGAAUGAUGAUAACACCCAUUAUAGAUUAACUAUUUCAUAUAGUUAUAACUCUUUACCUGAAGAUGAAAUUGACAAACUUACAUAUAGAGAUGACGAAUCACCUGAAUUGAAAUUUCCCGAUGAAGAAGAACCAAAAGAUAUUAUAAACAAUGUUAAGGAGAAAUUAAGAAAAUAUCGUCCAAAUAAUGAGUUGACAGAUCUAAUGGUAGAGCUUUGGUCAUUGGUUCCUACAACGGAUGAUUCAACUAUAUAUCAUCCAUUUAAUACAUAUCAUAAACCUAGAAGACGACCAUUGAGAGUUAUUGAUCCAUGCUCAAUUGAAAAAUGGCCUACCACAAGAAUUACUUUAUUGGGUGAUUCAAUACAUGCGAUGAGUCCUUGGCCUGGUUUAGGGACAAACAUUGCAAUGAAAGAUGCAUAUAAAUUAUCACAGUCUCUACUUAGAUGGGGUGAGAUAGAAAAUGAUAAUUGGAGAAGUUGCAUUGAAAGGUACGAAAAAGAAAUGAGAUUAUAUGGAUCUGAAGCCACUUUAAUAUCUAGAAAUGAAACUUUAAAAUUACAUGCUAGAUACAAUA